AAUUAGUUCCUGAAAACCUGUGAAAGGCUGUAGACUGCAGCGCGAGGACAGAGCCUCAGCUUGUACCAGGAAGUCUGAACCUGACAUAACUGCGCAUGCGCACAAGGCUUUCAGGGGGAAAAAAUAAAAGGAUGCGUCCGACGUCGAUGUGAACGUGUGGCCCAGAGGAAGGACAUGGCGGAGACAGAGGUGACCGUGUCCAUGGGAGACGUGGUGGUGAUGAAGGCCACUGACGAAGAGGAGGUUGCAGCAGGCGAUUCAAACAAGACACAAGUCAUUCUUCAGCUGCAACCCGUCACAUCUGGGACUGACGAUAAUGCAGGAGAGACAGCUACAACAGAUGAAGUUUUAACAGCGGGAGAGGAUGUUGAGCUGGGAUACCCUAUCACGUGUGGAGAGAGCAAAGCUGUUCUUCUGUUCAAGAAAUUUGUUUGCCCAGGAAUUAAUGUCAAGUGUGUCAAGUAUGAAGAUGAGUUAAUCAGCCCUAAGCAGUUUGUCCAUAUGUCUGGCAAAGCUACUCUUAAGGACUGGAAACGGGCCAUCAGAAUGGGAGGUGUCAUGCUCAGGAAAAUGAUGGACUCAGGUCAGUUAGAUUUCUAUCAGCACAGCACGCUGUGUACCAACACCUGCCGCAGUACCAAAUUCGACCUCCUGAUCAACAACACACGCUUCCCUCCUGACAGCAGUGUACUCAGUACUCCUUCAUCAUCCCAGGGGCAGGUUGCUGUGGGUAAUGGAGCGGAGGUUGUCAUGAUAGAAGAGAAGCCAGAGGAAGCGACAAGCUCUUUGGACUGGUGUACUACCAGUGUAGAGGCUACAAAGAAAAAGGAAGUGGUAGAGAUAUCAGAGGAGACACUAAGCUUCUGGAAAGGCAUAGCAGACGUCGGUCUCAUGGGAGAAGUGGUCAGUAACAUCCGUACAGAGCUGCUGGAGAUGCUGAGAGGGGUACAACUUCGAUCUGACCAGCCCAACCUACAAGAUGUUGAAGUGGCAGUUCUGAGUAACCUCACUCAAGUAUUUGGCCUGCUGGACUCCAUUAAACGAAUCCUGGCUGUUCGGCGACAAAUGACUGACCUGGGACAGAAGCAGGUCCUCAAAACGCUAACCAAUCUGGAACAGCAGCUGGAGGAGCAGAAGAAGCAGCAAGCUCAGAGCUGGUUGGUCUCAUCCUCGUCCUCCCCUCCUCCACCAAGGCGCGCUCCUAAACGGCCUCGCCUACAUCGGCCAGCCUCCGCCACAAUGCUUCAGCCACUGACACUCCACUCACCCCAGUACACGCUCAUCUCCCCCAUCACCCUCUCCUCUGUAUGCCAACCCAUUACCUUGCCCGGCCUGGCACAGCCCCCUGGUGCGGUCACUCUCUUUACUCAUGUGCCACAGCGCGACGGCAAGGCAGAGACCCUAACAUUGGUGGGCACAAUGGCUGCACAGGAGACAGCACAGCUGGGCACUGUGGAGCUUGGUGCAGUGGGAACAGUGGGCACGGUGGAACUGGGAGCAACAGGUGCAGUGGAAAUGGCAAACACGGUGUUGGUGCAGGAUCACGAGAGCCAAGCAAUUGAGAUCAACCUGCAGAUGGGAGCAGAGACAGAGGAAGCAGCCAAGGAAGAGGAAGAGAGGAGAAGGCUGGAGGGAGGAGGGGAGGAUGGAAGUGGAAUAGUGGUGGGAGAAGGAGAGAAAGAGAUGAAAGUUGAAAUGGAAGAGCUGCAUUUGGAAACCAAUGGGCAGAUUCACAACCUACAGAUUUUAGUGGUAGAAGAUGAGGAGCAAAUGCAAGUUGAAGGCAAAUCUGAAUGAUCCAUGGACAAAAGCACACACACUGAACCCUGAGACAUUUGCACUUGCAUUUUUUUGUACUACUUUCCUAAAAGAGGUCAGCAUGGCCAAGUUCGAAAGUUGUGUAACUGCUUUUUGUAUGAGCAACUUCAGUAUUUCUUUAUGAACUUUAGAGAAUGCAUGUGCAUUUUGAUAUGCUUUUGUAGAAAGGAGUACAGUAUUUUUAUUUUAUUUUAUUGUAUGGAUCAUAGAUUCUAUUGGGCACUUUCUUUAGCAUGGUGCCAAAACUUUAGGAAUUUCUAUCACCUAUGUUCAGCUCUGUUACUCAAGCCAAGAGAGACAACUGUAAUUAAGAAACAAGACUUUGCUCUGUACAGCUUGAUAUAACUUAGUCUAUCUUGGUAUAUCUUGGACUGGACCAACAGCUGACAUUGAUGCAGACUUACAACUGCCACUCUUAAAGUGAUGGUUUGGAUAAAAAUCAGUUGUACAUAAUUUUCCAAUUAUAAUAAUAUACAACUAACCACCCAACUGGGGAAUUGUACCUGAAAUCUAGAAAUUAUAUGAAUAAUAAUAUAAUUCUACUUUAAAUUUAAAUGUGAAAAUAUUAAACUUGAAUAUUUCUGCUAUUAUACUUUUAUUUAAGAAUAACAUUACAGAACAAUGUUGUUUGAAGCAGGAAGAUCUGGGGCAUGUAGUACUUUAUUUUGGAUGAGAGAGAUCAUUCAUUUUCAGCCCUGUAACAGUAAAACAUUUCAGACACCA